GGGAUUACACCAGUGAUUACAAAAUUGCUUAUCAAAUAAGGGGAAGAUAGAAAUGCAUCAACCAGCUACAUUUCUUGCUUAUUUCAUCUAAAUCAGUUGGCUCAGAAGACAUCAAAUUCUGUGAGAUUUAAAAGACCUGGAAUAAAGCUACUUUGCUGGGUAUGAUAACUUCAGCAUCAUGAAAAUCAGAUGUCCACUAUUUCUACAAGGGCUCUGUGUCUUGGUCUUUUUGAAAACUGCUGUGUUCCAGAACAUCAAAGAUUCUCAAUGUCCUCGUGGUGGGUGUCCCCAAAAUGCCAUUUGUAUCAACAAGACCCACUGUGCCUGUGAGGAUGGAUUUCUUACUAUGAGUGGGGAGAUAUACUUCAGUGACUUUCUGGAGCUCUGUGACGAUGUUAAUGAAUGUGUACCACCCACUAAAAUCUUUUGUGGUAUGAAUGCAGACUGUGUUAAUACAUAUGGAAGCUACCACUGCACCUGCAUCCCUGGAUAUGCACUUCCUUCUGGGGAGAAAAACUUCCCAAAUGCUUCUAUGAACAACUGUCAAGAUAUUAAUGAAUGUGCCUUGUCCAAAGACACUUGUGGUCAGAAUGCAGAGUGUGUUAAUGAAAACAAAGGUUACCACUGCACCUGCACAGAGGGAUAUGCACUUCCUUCUGGGAAGAAGAAGUUCUCAGAUGUCACUAAGAACAACUGUCAAGAUGUGGAUGAAUGUCAGCGCAAUAGCUCUCUCUGUGCCCCCUAUGGACUCUGCCUAAAUACACUUGGAAGCUAUGUGUGCACAUGCAGGCCAGGAUUUGCCAAACGUAAUGGGGAUUCCUUAAUGGAAUGCGUAGAUAUAGAAACACGUGUAAUCAGCAACUGCUCUGAGGAAGAGAAGGAUGUUAUGCUGCAAGCUCAGAAUAACGCAGUAAAAUUUUCUUGCAUGGAUAUCAUUGGCUCAAAUCCACAAGGUUCAAGUGCAGUUGCCUUUCUCUCAUAUUCCUCCCUUCAGACUAUUAUAAAUGCAUCCUUUUUUAAUGAGAGACCUGAGAAGAGUAAUAGAAUCCACAUGCUCUCCCACGUAGUCAGUGUUGCUGUAGGAUCUCAUCAAAAUCAACCCUCCUCUUUUUCUGUUCUUCUGACGUUCCAGCAUAUACAGAAAAAGAAAGAAGAAGAAAGGUCUCUCUGUGUCUACUGGGAAGCACAGGGAGAAGAAGGAGGUGCCUGGUCCACAAAGAACUGUAAUCUCAUCGCGUCUAACAAAACACACACCAGAUGCAACUGUACCCACUUGUCUAGUUUUGCUGUUCUGAUGGAUCUUCAACAACAGGAUGAAGAUUAUGUGCUGACAGUGAUCACUUAUGUGGGACUGAGCCUCUCCCUGCUGUGUCUCUUUCUGGCUGUCCUCACCUUCUUCCUGUGCCACACCAUUCAGAACACCAGCACCUCCCUCCACCUACAGCUCUCCCUGUGUCUCUUCCUGGCCAAUCUCCUCUUCCUCAUAGGAAUUAAACAAACCAAGAUUAAGGUCCUAUGUUCCAUCAUUGCAGGUUUAUUGCACUAUUUCUAUCUGGCAUCUUUCACCUGGUUGCUGCUAGAAGGCCUGCAUCUCUUUCUAACUGCACGGAAUCUGAUGGUUGCCAAUUACUCCAGAGUAAAUCAUUCCCUGAGGAAGGUCAUGUACCCUCUGGGCUAUGGAAUUCCAGCUGUGAUUGUGGCUAUUUCUGCAGCAUCAAGAGCAAACCUUUAUGGAACAUCUUCCCAGUGCUGGCUCCAAACUCAAAAGGGAUUUCUCUGGGCUUUCCUUGGCCCAGUCUGCAUUAUAUUCUCUACAAACUUUGUUUUUAUUCUUCUUGUUAUUUGGAUUUUGCAAAGCAAACUGUCUUCCCUCAACAGUGAAGUGUCCACUCUCCAGGACAGAAGGUUGCUGAGAUUUAAAGCCCUGGCUCAGCUGUGCAUCCUGGGCUGCACCUGGUGUCUGGGCAUUCUGCAGAUUGGUCCAACUGCUUGGAUCAUGCGCUAUCUCUUCACUAUCAUCAAUAGCCUUCAGGGAGUCUUCAUCUUCCUUGUAUACUGUCUCCUGAAUCAUCAGGUUCAAGAACAGUAUAAAAAAUGGUUCAAGACACUCAGGCCAACAAAAUCUGAGUCAUUCACGCUCUCAAGCAAAGUUGUCUCUGGUUCCACUCAGAACCACACAGAGAACGAGGAAGAAAACAUCAAAAAACAAAAAGCUUCCUAUGGGCAGGGAAAAUCUGCUCAUGAUACAGAACUCUUGGACUGCCAUUAGCCUGACACCAUAAAAAAAGUAGGGUAAAAAAGAGUAAAGAAUAUUCUGGCCAAUUUAGAUAAGAGACAAUGCCUUUCUAUGCCCUUCUUCAAAUUGAAAGUUCUGGGGAAAACUCAGAGAAGGGGAAGAGAGAGGAGGCAACCAAGGCAUAGUAAUAAGGUCAAAACCCCAGCCCUGACUCAACACUGUGAUCCUUCUGGAUGAUCUCUCAUCUCUGUGCUUUUAUGACCCUGUUCAUUUUUAAUUCUCCUACUUAUCAAACUAUAUCUUCUCAGUUUCAUAGAUUUCAUCUUUAUGUCACAGGAACUAAGUUGGGAUGUAAAGAGGGAUAUGUAGGCAAAUGUUUAACAACCAGAUUUGAAUGGGAGGUUGAAAGUAUCUGCUAGAAACAUUUUUAAGUUUAAUCUGAAUUGUUAAUAUUUUCCCAAGUUUAGACAAUAAACAAAACCAUAAAUCAAAUCCUGAGUGGUAGCAUUUGCCAACUUCUGAAGGGUAAAUGCUCACAAUGUGAAAUGAUAUAGAGUAUUUUAUGCCCAAUCUUUGUAUAAUGCCUGUCACUGCUAGAGGGAGUCACACAAACAUGCUAAUUCAGCCUAAUUCUUCUACUAAUUUCAGUCAUCUAAUCUCAAUUAGGCCCUGAUUGCUCCUUGAUAAAUCUUUUUUUUUUUUCUGAUUGACUCAAUGUUGUGCUUAGAAGCUGUUCCAAACCUCUCCUUGACUCAAUCCUACUAAACUACUUAUUUCAUACUUCAUCUCAGUAAAGAACCUUGCUUCAUGGUUUUUCCUGAGAAAAUAAAGUAAUUCAUCAAGAGAGAUUUCAUAUCCCCUAUUCAUUCAUUAAAUCAACAAGCAUUUAUUCAAUCCUUAUUUUCAUAAAAGUCAUGCUGUAAAAGAAAACCUAGAUCUCCCCCCC